UUUCAAACCACCAUUAGUCAAGAACAAGUUUGAGAAAAAAUCAUGAAUCACUUUGUAUCGAGCUUGGUUAUUCUAUUUUACAUAAUCCACAAAAUAACCGGCCAUGGAAUGAUGUUGGAGCCACCAAAUAGAAGCUCCUUAUGGAGGUUCAACAGUUCAGCCCCAAUAAAUUACAAUGACAAUCAAAACUUUUGUGGCGGCUUUAGUGUCCAAUGGGGCAAAUUUGGGGGCAAGUGCGGUCCAUGUGGUGACAAAUACGACGAUCCUCACCCACAAGCCAACGAGAAUGGAGGCAAGUAUGGGCGAGGUUUUGUCGUAGCGGAAUACAAAGCCGGAAGUGUGAUUGAUGUGCAAGUCAAACUCACAGCUAAUCAUUUGGGAUAUUUCAAAUAUAGUCUUUGUGUUCUCAAAGACCCCAACGGGCCUGAAAUGGACGAGAAAUGUUUCAUGCCAUUGAAACUAGUCGACGGUUCUGUUAAAUACAACGUCUGGAAGACAGACUACCUUAUAAAAAAUAAACUCAAAUUGCCUACAAAAAUUAAGUGUGACCGGUGUGUGCUUAGGUGGAAUUACCGAACUGGGAACAAUUGGGGAAAUUGUGGAAACGGAACUUCAGGGUUAGGAUGUGGGCCUCAAGAAACGUUUAGAUCGUGCUCAGAUGUUAGAAUCGUAUAAAAAUUAUUAUCUUUUACUUUUAUUUAUUGUACAUAUUUUAAAUAAAUUAUUUCUACAUUGA